GUUCUUCUUCUGGAAGCCGGAGACGAGGAACCAGUUGUAGCAGAAGUUCCUGGGUUCGCGUCAGCUCUGCAGGGUUCCAGCAUCGACUGGGGGUAUUCAACCCAACCAUCCCCAAAAAGUUGCCUAGCUAGGGAUGAAGGCAGAUGCAACUGGGCUAGAGGCAAAGUCAUGGGAGGAUCUUCCACCAUCAACUACUUGAUCUACAUCAGGGGACACCCUAGAGACUAUGAUGAAUGGGAGGAAAUGGGUAACCACGGCUGGUCUUACGAAGAUGUCCUUUCAUAUUUCAUCAAAUCCGAAGAUAAUAGAAACCCGGAGAAAAUAGAUCCACAUUAUCAUGGUGUUGGAGGUUACCAAACUGUGGAAAUUUUCCCUUACCAGGACGAGAAUACGUUAGGUCUCUUGGAUGCUUAUCAAGAACUGGGCUUGAAAAAAAUUGACCAGAAUACAGAACAUCUGAUUGGAACCUCAUUGUUACAACAUACUACCAGAGACGGAGAAAGGAUGAGCACUAACAAAGCUUUCAUAAGACCGAUAAGGAACAAAAGGGAGAACCUAGUCGUUCAGACUAACGCGCAUGUAACAAGAGUUCUCAUAGAUCCUGAAACGAAGGCCGCUUAUGGUGUUGAAUACAGUCAGAAAGGUAAAUUAGUUCAAGCUUUGGUUAAAAAAGAGGUUAUUCUCUCUGCUGGGACGAUAAAUUCCCCAGUGAUUCUCAUGCUCAGCGGAAUUGGACCAGCACAUCAUCUACAAGAGAACGGUAUAAAGGUUCUCAAAGACUCUGCAGUAGGAUUCAAUCUGCAUGACCACACAACAAUUGACGGUGUUGUUUUUCGUCUCACGAAUUACACAUCGACACUGGUGGAUGACGAGCAGCUGAGGCAAGAUAUAUACAAGUGGAAGGAGAGUCAGCAAGGCCCGCUGGCAUCGACAGGUCCAAUCCAAGCGAAUGCUUUCGUUCAGACUAAGUAUGAGAACAGUCACGAUAGACCGGAUAUACAAAUUUCGAUAGAUUCGGUGAACGCUGAUAACUUCUUUACAGAUCCUAGUUUGAGUUACAAUACAGCAGUACUUCCUCUUCCAUACUAUAGUGGAUUGAUGUCCAGGCCAAUCCUGCUCAAUCCAGAAUCGAGAGGUCGUAUAUUACUCAACGAUACUGAUCCAGUUUUCGGAACUCCUCUGAUCUAUGCCAACACCUUCACAGAAGAAAUAGAUCUGUUGAGGAUGGUGGAAGGGGUCAAACAGUGUCUGAAUCUGGAAAGAAGUCACUUCUUCCAACAUUACGGGAUUAUGUUAGACACGACCCCACUUCCAUCUUGUCAACAUAUUCAUUUUGGUACUGACGAAUAUUGGGCGUGUGUAGCUAUGGCGUACACCACAACUAUCUACCAUCCAGUGGGAACCUGCAAAAUGGGACCAAAAGAAGACGUGAGAGCAGUUGUGGACUCUGAACUAAGAGUGUAUGGUGUACAGAAGUUGAGAGUCAUUGAUGCUUCGAUCAUGCCGAAAAUCGUGAGAGGAAACACCAACGCACCCACUAUCAUGAUUGGUGAAAAGGGAAGUGACUAUAUUAAAAAGACGUGGUUGAAAGAAACGACUAAAAGUUAUAACGACAACCUGUACGACUUCGAUGAAUUUUUCAAGUCUAAAUUCAAAUGACUGAUGUGAGUGAACAGUUGAUAAAAUUUGACAUAAAUGUAACCGAACGGAGUGAAGGAAUUUGAUGCAAUGUAAUAGAGUGGAAAUAACAUUUUCCAUUUCAAACUUUCCUCUAGUCGCCAAAUAUUGCGUUCGUCAGCAACAACAGUAGUAUACUAGAUUGUGUCUUAAUUUUAUCGCAUAAACUCAUUUUUUUAA